GACAACCACGAGCCCCGUGCACGCGCACGCGAUCGCAAAAGCGGUAGCGUGAUCAUUCUACCGCAAUAUAAGCAGCGGAAUAUGUGCCAUACCAAAUACCCCAUGGAAGUGGGAAUGACAUUGAAUAUUUAAUAAUGGCUUCAUCCCCCGGAGAGGGGAACGUCGCGUGGAGACACAUCGGUGCAACCUCGGAGCUUGUCCGCACAAAAUGCCGUCUCGUGUACUCGUCGUUCGGCCGGAAGUCGGACGUGUGCCUCUUUUACGUCAAGGGCGAGUUCUUCGCCAUGGAUGCCCGCUGCGCACACUCGGGAGGUCCACUGUGUGAGGGGGACAUUGAAGAGGCCGAUGGAAUCCUUCGGGUCUUCUGUCCGUGGCAUGACUACGACUUUGACCUCAGGACCGGGAAGUCAGGGACGUCGCUUAAGCAACAAGUACAUGAAGUCAAGCUGGAGGACGGUGACGUGUACGUGAAGCACGCAAGCUGUCUCUCCUUGCAGCCGUUUCCUGUCCAUCCCAAGAGGUUGGAUGCUACAUCUGCUGCGAGAUGACAUUUGUGCUCAGAGUAUGUGCAGGUCAUUACAUUUUCAAGCCUGUCACAUCGGGAAUCAAUCAACUGCUCGGGAUGCUGUCGAUGGCGGCGGUUACGUCUUGUUAAACAUUACCGCUGAGAAUCCUUUCAUAAUCGCAUCACCUGCCACCAGCUUGGUUUCCUUGACAACCAGCAAAAAAACUCGAAAUUGUCGUGGAAAUUUGUCUUGAGGUGAAGCAGCAUGUGGCUCACAACCAGAGAUUAUUUUGCUGCAAGAAAUCACAUGACAGCACUCCCACGCAGUAUUCAUACAAUUCUGUCAGACGAGGAAAAUGUCUUUCUCUAGCCUGUCACCUCCAUCAGGAGAACAUUGACCACUGCUGGCAGGAUGCCCACGAGAAACUACACGUGCGGAUAAAAGAAGUAGCAUUUUGCACGUAAAAAAAAAAAAAAACUUCACAAGGCAAACAGCAGUUGCCGCAGUGAUGAUCAAAUCUUUCCCACCCCAUCUGCGUGGAUAAUUUAAAGGAUGCUUUAUGGUCCAUCAAAUUCUUAGAGAACCACACUCAUUAAACCUGUAUAACUACCAGUGAUUGGCAUCCAUCCAUAGUUAUUAUUUAGGACUCAUAUCUAAGACUCAUGUAAUAAACAUCAUGCUUGUGAUGCGUGGUUUCACCCAACCUGUGCUCAUUUAACACGUUGGCUGGCCCUCAAAGGCUCAGCACAGAUCAAUUUUCUUCAGUCGAUUUCAUUGAUUCCCCCUCCGCCCCACCCACACUAAAACACGCAUACAAAUAAGUCAUUAACAAAAGAAAAUCCCGCUAACACAAAAGCCUCUUAUUGGUCGUAAUUACCAUCAGGACCCUCUGACGGGAUUUAGCGUCAUGAAAUAGGAACAACAGAGUUCUUUCACUUUAAAAAUUCAAUCGCUUUGUAGAGUGCUUGGCCUCAGGGUCACGGGUGAGUUGGAGCUGCUCCCAGCACACUCUGGACUGGUCACUAGCCAAUCACGGCACUUGAAAACGCAGAAGAGGAUUUGACAAAACAUUUGUCAAUAAGUGGCCCGCAUGUGUGAGAUGUGUUAUUCACAGCCUGAAUGUUUUCUGGAUGGAUGGAGGAGUGGGGCUGGGAAAAGUCCAGGAAAAAAACAUCUUGUUUGAGCUCUCAACCAUUUCAUCUUUGGUGUGGAAAUUAGGAUUGUAGAGGAGGCGAGAAUGUCCACAAUGAGAUGAAACCAUGCGCAAGGUUGCACGCAGGUCAGUGUGAGCAGAAGACCCUGUUCUGACGAGAGUGGGUGGUCUCUUAAGUGAGACAAACAAGCUGAAUUCCUUGUGACAUUUCAGCUUGUCGAAUGAAUGCAACCUUUUCCGUCUGCUCUCAAACUGUCUCAGAAUAGUUGCUUCGGUUAAAGGCAUGGAGAUUCUUUGAGGCGAUAUGGGACAGGUGUCAAACCCAAGGCCCGGGGGCCUGAUCCGGAUCGCCACAUUAUUUUAUGUGACCCGCAAAAGCAACUCGUAUGUCAACUCAAUGUUUCUGUAUAUUGUCUUCCCUUUUAAUAACAGUGAGAUAUUGCAAAAAAAAUGAAAACCCCACUGGAAAUAUUUUUAAAAAAUGUUUAUGCUGGAUUCUGUUGUAUGUAAUAAUAUAAGAUAGCAAUCAUAACUUUGAUGUGUUCGACACCCCUGCAUAGCAUAUGGUAUCAUAACUUCUCUACUCUGACGUGCUGAUGAAUGUUCCGUCAUCCUCCACUUGGCACACGUGAGCCCUGACAAGCCAUCUCACCUGCCGUUUAGUCAAGCCGCCUGACCCGGUGGCGCUCUGUGACGCCGGCGCAUCAUGCCAGCUUGUUUAUUAUUCCUCAGGCCUGUGCGCUGCCUCCACAUCAACGUUCAGAUGCCGGCAGCUGCAUUUUGCCGUGUGACAACCCGGCCAUUUUUAUUUAUAGGCGCAGUCAAAUGAUUGGGUCAGCGAGACUGAGAAGCUCGAUUUGCUCCCAGGCACUGUUUGUCCAUAAUUUUCUAUUAAAGUCUGAUUAGAUAAGCCCGUCAGUAUUUGAGUGGGGAGAAGCCGCAAUCAUGUCUUCAUUUCCUCUAUCAAGAAAGUGCCUGGGGGUGACACAAUCAACUUUGAAUGCUAAGGGAAAUAAUCAUAUUUGUCAAAAAAUAAUGAUUCAUAUUAAUCGGUGUAAUAAAACUCGUGCCACUGGGAAUUAUGAUUCAAAGGCAAAGUACACGUGACUACAAACGUAAUCGAUGCUAAUCUUCAUGAGCGCUAACGACAACCAAAGUAGUUUGAAUCAUGCUGUCAUAAAAGAUGUUUCUACUUCAGAACCAGCACGUUUAUGGAUGCUAUUCACAGUCAAGAGGUUUGAAAACAGAACUGAGCCCUUUUCAUUGGAUUUAAAUCCAAAACAAGGAAAGGAACAGACAAGGAACACAAGUCUAUUAAUGUAACGACCACUGACAUCAAUUUUCUUGAGAACCUCGGAAAGUCCCCUGAAUAAAUGAAGUAAAGAAUCUGACCAACAGGGAGGUCACCAACCCCACACGAACCAACAAUCCAAAACGAAACCCAGCGUCGUCAUGACAACGUGACCCUAGAUCAUACGUUCAUUAGUUUACUUCUAACCAAGCAGAAGGUUCAGUCGUGCGCAGAGGCAAAGCCAACAUUUGGAUCAUGUCCCACCUUCCCCAUCACGCUUCAUGAAUAUGAAUGCAUCAUUUGGAAAUGAUUUAUGAGCCACGUGCUUAAUGGCAUGAAUAUUUUAAAUGUGAAUUCAUUAGACGUGUGAAUGUGGAUGUACGCGCACAAGCAGACCAUAGUGAAAUUGCUCACGCUUUCAUUUUCAUGUAUUUACAGCAAUGUAUUAUAUAUAAGGUGUAUUACAUACAAGGUCAGGAAUUACGUUAGUGAUGUGCAUUCCAGUUAUUUUAAGUGAACUGAAUCUUUAGAAUCAGUUCACUCAAAAGAUUCGUUCAAACGCAUCGUUUGACGAAUCGUCCCCUCCACAGACACACACUGAUCCGUUGUUUUUGUGAACGAUUCGUUCAAAAGAACGAUCGUUUCAGUGAACGAGCGUGAACGACUCACUUCCUAAAGUGAUUCGUUCUUUUUUUCAGUCCCUAUGACUUCAACCAGUAGGUGUCGGUAAUGCCCAUUGAAGCUGGUGCCACCUCGCCGUAAACCAAAACGAAGAAGAAAAUGGCGUCACUUCCCGUUCACGAACGAGUCGUGAAUUGCGUUUUUCCGUUCCCCAACUGAACGCGUCUGUGAGUCAAUGAUUUGCAUUUCCAGUUCAUCGCGAGAACGGAUCAGUGAGGACACGAAUCCUGACUUUCCCGUUCGCGAACGAGCUAAUGGGUGAUCUGCCUUCCUUCUUCCCAUGCAUCAACGGAUCAGUCAGUGAACGAGUUGCGUCUCCAUCCUGGCGAGAACUAUGCAAGCCAAAAUGUUGAUUUAGGAUUUGCCAAGGAAAGAAAGAACCACUCACUGAAACACCACUUUUUUUAUGCACGUUUUCUCCAAGCUAACGGCUAUUUCACAAUGAAUUGCUGGUUUGAAAUUUACUCCUUUUUUUUUUUAAAUAAACAUUUAUGUUAAAACUU